AUGGGUAUCAAAGGACUUCACGGUCUUCUGAAAUCCAUUCAAAGACCAUGCCAUCUAAAGAAGUUCAGUGGCCAGACCCUUGGGGUCGAUGCAUAUGGAUGGCUACAUCGUGGAACCGUCGCGUGUGCCGUGGACCUGGUCUUGGACAGACCAACGAGGAAACAUAUUGACUUCGUGCUCAAUCGCGUCCGCAUGCUUCUCUACUUCGGAGUUACGCCAUAUCUUGUGUUCGAUGGAGACAACCUGCCCAGCAAAUCGGGCACUGAAGAAGAUCGUCAUCGGCGGCGGCAAGAGAGCAAGGCUCUGGGCCUCGAGCUGCAGCGCAAGGGCAGGAUGCCGGAAGCCUACCAAGAAUUCCAAAAGGCCGUCGAUGUGACGCCGUACAUGGCCCGUCAAUUGAUCGAAGAGCUGAAGAAGAUGGACGUCCAGUACGUGGUUGCGCCGUACGAGGCAGAUGCCCAGCUGGUAUAUCUUGAACAGCAGGGGACCAUCCAUGGAAUCAUUUCCGAGGAUUCGGACUUGCUCGUGUUUGGGGCGAAGAGACUGCUGUCUAAACUGGACCAGCAUGGUGACUGUAUUGAGAUCAACCGAGCCGAAUUCACUGCGUGCCGGGAGGUCAGCUUGGUUGGAUGGACCGAUGCCAAUUUCCGUCAUAUGUGCAUCCUCAGCGGGUGUGACUAUUUGGCGAAUAUUCCCAAGAUGGGACUGAAGACCGCCUACCGCAUCAUUCGCAAACAUAAGACUGUUGAGCGAGCGCUCCGCAUGCUUCAGUUCGAGGGCAAUUAUCAAGUUCCUCGCGACUAUCUCGCCAACUUCAAGCAGGCGGAAUUGACCUUCCUCUACCAACGAGUCUUCUGCCCCAAAGCGAGAAAACUGGUGACUUUGUCUCCUCCAGAUGAUGAUGUCAAUUUGGACGAGCUCCCAUUCAUUGGAGGCGAUGUGGCUCCAGAGAUCGCCGCCGGGGUCGCUUGUGGUGACCUGGACCCGACCACCAAGUGGUUGAUUGACGUGAAGCCGGUAGUUGCAGGUAAAUUGCCCUUGGGCGUUCAACGCCGCCAGACCUUGGGGUCGGAGCUGAAGCCAAACAAGCCGAUCAAUUCCUUCUUCACCCCGAAGCGAACGCCUCUAGCCGAGCUGGAUCCGAACAGCUUGACUCCGUCGCCGAGCCAGCAGCGACUCCUGGAGCGCAAUGCGAACAGCUCCUGGCAGGCCAACUCAGCGCCCUUACGCUCCAGUAGCGUGAGUCGGUCUGGUCCGCUUCGGGCGUUCUCAAACAACCAAGGUCUCAGCCCCAUGGUGCGGAGCGCUGAGAGACCUUCGUUUCUGGCCCAGGCCGCACGAGCUUCUACCCUACAAUCGACUAAGCGGCAGCGACUCUGUUCUGAUGCCGAUGACGAUUCGCUACCUGCGCGUCCCAAUUUACGCAGUCGUUUCUUCGAACAGAGCCCGGGCCAAUCCAGUCCCAGCGGACAAAAAGUGUCACGAACCAAGAAACAGCGCCAGUCGACGAUGGAUGUCUUUUCUGAUGAGGUGGCUGAGGACAUCUUUGCUGGCAUUCCCGACCCUACUGAAGAAAACGAGCCCGUGGAUGCUCGAGAUGGGAACAAGUUCGAGGUCUCUGAGACGAACGAUCAAACAGCAGAACCUCCUGCGACUGAGCCCGUCGAUGGGGAUGCACCAGUGGCCGAUCAGGCGAAGGAUGCGGAGACGGUGUCGAGUGACGUGGACCCGAAUUCCAACUUCAACCGCGCUCUCACGCACCAUGUGGCGCGACAAAAUGCGACCAUCCUGUCCAAGUACACCUUCCAGUCGGAGCCACAGCCAUCCUUACCUGUUUCUCGACCCGCUCCAACCAAGAUCCCUGUGCCACAGUCGUCUCGCAGGGGACCUGUCCCGGUCACGCGCCGCCCAACGACUCAGCGGCAACGGCUGACGCCCUUGCAACGGAUGGGACAGGCGGCAUUGACUCGGUCGAACACCAUCAAUCUACCUACCAAGCUCCGUGACGUUGGUUCCGCAGAGCCUCCCAAAACAUCCUCUUUCACUGCUGGCUAUGGUACUCAAGGCAGUGAAGACCUCAUUGUCCCGGACAGUGAGGACGACGAAACGGAGGAAGCAACACGAACCCCGGCUCCUUUGGAUCUCCAACGGUUCUCAUUUGUGGCGCAGUAA